CUUGUCUGGACCGAAUGGUGAAGAUGAGGCGAAUAUCUACAUCAGAGGAGGCAUCACCUGGAGGCCCUGGAUGUGAGAGAAUGGCGUCUGCUGACCUGAGGGCCGAGCUGGACUGCUCCAUCUGCCUGAGCCUCUAUACAGACCCCGUAUCCCUGAGAUGUGGACAUAACUUCUGCCGCUCCUGUAUUGUGAGUGCGCUGGAUGCGCAGGAGGCAGCUGGAGUGUAUUCCUGUCCUGACUGCAGAGCAGAAUAUCCGGAGCGUCCGGCCCUGGAGAAGAACAGGAAGCUGGGGAACAUAGUGGAGCAUUUCUUAUCUGCCCGGCCUGAUAUGGAGGAUACCGGGAUCUUCUGUACUUAUUGCGAUUCUCCAGUACCGGCUGUGAGGACAUGUCUGCAGUGUGAGGCCUCAUUCUGUGAAAAGCACUUGAGUAGACACAGUAAGUCAUCAGAACAUACUUUAGUUGAACCCACUGCUACCCCGAAGGAGAGAAAAUGUUCCACACACAAGGAGGUGCUGAAAUACUAUUGUCCUAUAGACGCUGCCUGUAUCUGUGUGUCCUGCUGUCUGGUUGGGGAGCACAGGGGACAUGACGUGGAGCUACUGGACGUGGCCUCUGAGAAGAAGAAAGAAAAACUGAGGAAAUAUUUGAAGGAACUAAACCCACAAAAAGCAGAUAUUCAGGCAAGACUCCACAAUCUGCAGGAUCGUCAGAGGAAUAUCCAGGAGAAGGCCUCUGAUAAGAGGAAGAAUGUCAGGAAGUUAUUUAUGGACAUUAAGAAGCAACUGGAAAUGGCAGAAAAGAAAGCGCUGAGCGAGAUCUCCAGGCAGGAGGAGAAGAUUGUGUCCCAGAUAUCUGAUCUGAUCAAGAAGCUGGAAAUAGAGGAGGACGAGCUGUCCAGGAAGAUGCGUCACGUGGAGGAGAUGUGUCAUGUCACCGACCCAAUAAGACUCCUACAAGAAAGUGACAUUACAGUACGUGGUCAUGGAGAUGAUGAGGACACAGGAGGAGAUGGUGGAGAGGGCAGGUCUGAGGAUGAUCUGGAUGAGGUUCUGAUCUCACUGACCUUACACCGAUCUAUGAGGGAUAUUGUCACCAAUGUCAGAUCAGAGCUCGGGCUCCAUGUUCCAGACAUAUUGCUGGAUGAGGACACUGCCCAUAGAUAUUUGAAGAUAUCAGAAGAUCGGAAAACAGCAACAGAUUCAGAGAAAGAAGAACAGGAUAGACCAGAAUCACCAGAAAGGUUUCUGAUCUACCCCCAGGUGUUAAGCAGAUGUGGCCUCUCCUCAGAUAGACAUUACUGGGAGCUAGAGUGGAACCUGAUAGGAGAAUGUGGUGUCGGACUGUCCUAUCCCAGUAUAGAAAGGGAAGGAGAUGAGUCUGGUAUUACAUAUAAUGAAAAAUCUUGGUGUCUGGUUAUGUCUGAUACAGUAUGUGCAGCGUAUCACAACUCAGCCAUAUUACCCCUCAAUAUAAAUUCAUGUCCUAGACUUGGUGUCUUCUUAGACUAUGAGGCCGGGCGUCUGUCCUUCUAUCAGCUGUGUGACCCCAUCAGACACUUACACACCUUCACCUCCUCCUUCUCUGAACCCCUACAUGUUGCCUUCUAUAUGCAGGAUGAAGCCUCUGUUAGAAUAAUAAGCUGAGGUCGAUGCGUCCACGUCCCGUUAUAAUGUCCGUCUAUAAGUCACUAUAUAGCGCUGUAUGGGCGGAGCCUCCGAUCAUACAAUGUAUAUGGCGGCUCCAUUGGUGGAUGUUUUUGUCAUCCUUGGAGAUCGGAUGCAAAAUUGAUUCUUGAGUUGGCGUAAGACUGAUAAUUGUCCAGAAUUUAAAGAAAUAUUCCCAUCUCAUAAAGUCCUGGUAUAUAGAUAGGAGAGGACAUCCCUUCCUUGACUCCAGGAUCCCCACUGGUCCUGGGAAUAAAAGGACCACAGUGCUGGUUUGGUGAAGUGUCCUCUUUAAAGUUAGUUUAUCUCCUAUCCAUUCUGCUUUCCCCAAACAAUAAAGGAGGAGUCAGUUCUGGGGAUGGGGUCCCAACAAAUCAGAAAGUGAUGGGAUAUUCUAUAUACAGUAUAUACUACCACUGUGUGAGAUGGGGAAACCUCUUUAAGCUGAGCCCGCAAUAUCUACAGCAGCUUCAGGGGACACAAGUGAUGUGUGAAGCUCUUUGUCUAUAUUCACAUUACUCAGGGAUUUGUAAAGCUGCAGGAGACGUUACAUGGUCGUUACUAGUGAUGAGCGGGAGGUGCCAUAUUUGAUUUCAUGAUAUUUCGCGAAUAUUCGAUAGAAUAUUCGUCGAAAUCGAAUAUUCGUAAUUUUUCUAUUUAUCGC